UGCGUAUCGCGGAGUGCAGCAGCAGUAGCAGCUAGCUCCUCAUAUUUUUUUAUCUCAACCCUACUCGCGGAUGAAAUUUUCCUCGCGGAAUUCCUUUUCGGUGUGCAGAGUAGUACAGAUUUUCGGGUUCUGUCCCACGAUCGGAUCGUUACAUUCACGUGCCCCGUUGUGCCCUGACGGAAGCAAGUUGUCGCGCUUGGCCGAUCCGGAAGCCAAGUGUGUUUUUGUGUGCGCAAUUUCGGUUCUCUAGUUUCUGGCAGUUCUACUUUGGUGUCGUCGUUGCACACCAUUUUACUUUUGGCUUUUUUUUUUACCUCAGUGCAGUGGCGGAAGAUUUUUUUGCAUUCGUUGCUGUGGGGCGUAUGAAAGAAAGUUUUGAAAAACAUUUUAGUCAACAGAAGAAAGUCGUGCGUUUUAAGCCCAGAAGUGCUGUGUUCAUCUUGAGUGAUACGGAAGAAUCUAUACUAGGAAAAUAAAAGAUUUUCCCCCACAUCUUUUUGUUCUCUCGAUUAGUGAUUGAGCUGUGGAGUCGGAGCGCAGCUGGUGGAGCGGUAGCUGUUGAAGAGCAACAGCAGUUGCAGAAGCCCAAAAUCAUCGGUCGUGUGCUUGUAAAUAAAGAAGAAUAAAGUGAGAAUCAGUUCGGAAACAGAGCAGAAAGAAGAAAAAAUAAAAAUAGGUAAAUUUACCAGAAGAAGAAAAACUGAGGAUAGUCCACAGUAGAAGAAGAAUGGACAAAAGCUUUCGUGAUACAACACUAUUGUUGUAGUGUUGCGAAUACACAACGCGCCACACGACAAUGCCAAUGGAAUCGAUGCGGCGGCGGGGAAGCAUGUGUGCGUGAAUCUGUUGAAGCAAUCGAAAGUCUCUCGCAGUUCGGUUCGGGACACGGCGAGUGAAGGUUUUCGUUCGGAGUCCGCCGGUCUGCCGUGAGAAGCAAAGGAAAACUUUGGACCCGUGUUUGUGUGUGUGCAUGCGUGCAUAGCUGUAUGUGUGGGCGGAGUGUGAAGUGAUAAGAAAGCAAUCGCUGUUAAGAGUGAAGAAGCUAGAGAGAAAGACAGUGCGAUCGAAACGGGGCUCUUGUAGUCCAGCCAAGCAUCCCGGAAUCUUUCUCAAGUUAUGGAUCCAGCGGUUGCUUGGUUUCAGGAAGAACAGGAAGGACCGGCGAAGCGCGUGUGGUUGGGUAUUUGGGAAACCAUGUCCGAACUGGAUCCCCCAUUGACUGUUCCGGUUGAGAAUCAGAAGCCUCAACGAGCCGGAACGGAGAAGCCGAAUCGUGUUGUCGGCGGGGAGAACCGACUGAUCGGUGGUGGCGGCGGAGGCGGCGAUGAAUCCCAUCACCAUCUUAACCAUCAUCACCAGCAUCAUCACAUGAACGCGUUGAGCGAGAAUAACAACAAUAACAAUAACAACAACAGUAAUAAUAACAACACCAAUAGCAACUGUGGAAACGGAAAUGGGAACAACACACCGACCGGCGGCGGUACAAUUCUAGUCAAUAACAACGAGAAAAACUAUAAUCCGACCAGGAAGAAAGCUGGCAGCACAGUGGACAAUAAGGCCAGUACUUACAACAUGAACAAGCAACACAUGCGACUGAUCGGUGUUCACGGUGGUUGCCCGUGGCGGCCGCCGAAUUUCAAAUACGGAAGAGGAAUACUUGGACUGCACGAAGAAAUUGAACAAUUCUACGCCCACAUGAUACCGACUCCAACGGAGCAUGCGCUGAGGGUGCAGGUGGUCGCCCGGAUAGAGGCCAUCGUGUUGAAUCUCUGGCCCAUGGCCCGCGUGGAGAUGUUCGGUUCCUUCCGUACUGGACUGUAUCUGCCCACUAGUGAUAUUGAUCUGGUCGUUAUCGGUCGCUGGGAGAAGCUGCCCCUUCGCACGCUGGAGAACGAACUGAUCAAUCGUGGCAUAGCCGAACCAAUGUCGGUGCGAGUGCUGGACAAGGCGUCGGUCCCCAUCGUUAAGCUGACCGAUCGCGAAACCCAGGUCAAGGUGGACAUCUCCUUCAACAUGCAGUCCGGCGUGCAGUCCGCUGAGCUGAUCAAAGACUUCAAGUGUCAGUAUCCGGUGCUCGCAAAGUUGGUGCUGGUGCUGAAACAGUUUCUGCUGCAGCGAGAUCUGAACGAGGUGUUCACCGGAGGCAUUUCGUCCUACUCGCUGAUUCUGAUGUGCAUUAGCUUCCUGCAGCUGCAUCCGCGGGCGAACCUGAAUCCGACCACCAAUCUCGGCGUGUUGCUGCUGGAGUUUCUCGAACUUUACGGUAGAAAGUUCAACUACAUGAAGACUGGAAUUAGUGUUAAAAAUGGCGGUCGUUACAUACCCAAAGAAGAACUGCAGCGUGAAAUGAUUGACGGCCAUCGACCGAGUUUGCUAUGCAUCGAAGACCCUCUGACACCAGGAAAUGAUAUUGGACGAUCUUCGUACGGUGCCCUCCAGGUGAAACAAGCCUUUGAGUACGCUUACAUCGUGCUCAUGCAGGCCGUCUCCCCGCUGAACAAAUUUCUCAACGACUGUAACCGCCAGAGCAUCCUUGGCCGGAUAAUCCGCGUCACCGACGAGGUGAUCGACUACCGCACCUGGAUCAAGGAAACAUUCGAAUCAAGACUGAUAGCAACGCAAACGAUUGUGAACACGAUUCUGAACGAUCCGUUGAAUCCCCAUAUUCCACUUCGCCUCCAGCAACACCACCCGCAGCAACACACCCAACAGCACCAGCAUCAGCAGAUCAUUUACGCCCGGCGGCGGAACAGCCUUUCUAGUCUGGACACAUCCGAGGAGAGUAUGGACAGCGAUGGGGAUUCCAAUUCGGUAUCGCGAGAUAUCUCCCCGACGAGCAUAAACCGAUCGCCCGAGCUGGUCCACGAGAUGCAUCAUCCGAAUGGUACCGGAGGAGGCGGUGGUGGCACCGUUGUGAUGCUCACUUCACACAUGCCGACGCAUCAACGCGAUGUGCUGAUAGAGGAUAACAACGCGAUCAAUCUCACCAUGGCCCAACAGCAGCAACAGCAGCAGCAGGUUCUCGACAGUAUCAACGAAAAUCAGAGGGUUAAUUAUAACAUGAACAACCGACGCAAUGCGUCCUCCCCGCAUCAGAUAGGCAAAAAUGCUCCGAUGAACAUCUAUACGCCCCGCAGCAGCUCGGAGCGGAUGUCCGUCGGUGGGAACAACAACAACAACAACAACAGCGGCAGCAAUCAAUCCUCCGGCGGUGGUAACACGUUGGGACGUCACAAGAGCAAACAUCACCGGGCGGUAAUCGGGCUGCUUGGCCACUACAUGAUCCACCCGAACAACACCGUCGUCAACCUGAAUAAUCUUGCUGCAAGCAAAGACGAAAGCUUAAACCAGGGUGGUAAUCAUAACAAUGUUCCCAUUGGCAAGGAUCAAAAGCAGCAGCAACAGCAGCAGCAGCAGCAGCUGUACAGCAUGAGCAAAAAGUCACCGGCACAAAACGUAAACAACGCGAUGUCUUCCUCCAAGCGCAAGAAGACCACCUCGCCGACAGAUAGGAAGGGUGGCCCGAUCGGUGGUGGUGGUGGCGGCGGUAGCAACAGCGGCAGCGGCAUGGAUAGCCGAUGAUAGCAUGCGAGGCAUCAGCACUGUGCGCGCUAUGUGCACUACUGCUUCUGAGCAGAUGAGCAGCAACAGCAGCAGCAUACAUAUUUCAUCUUCAUUUUUAUUCGCUGUCUGCGCGCGCCUAGCUGAAUUUUACGGUUUACUAGGAUAGUAGUUUCGCUAGUACAUGAUGUUGUCACGUGGAAGACGAAUCGAAUGGAAGUACAGUGAAUGAAACCUAUAUACAUACAUAGAUGUAUACAUUUAGCGUGUAGAACGAAUUUAGACGUAUUUGUUCUUUUGCGCGGAAAGUCUGCCAUCGGCGCGCGUCACUUCUUUUUCGUCUCUGUGUACAGUUGCCAUUCGUAUCGGUAAUAGCGUGUUGCCAAACAGCAACAAUGCCAAAACAACAAACUCAUCUUCUUUUCCGAACGCAUGUAGUAGUCACUGCCCACAAAAAAGGACGAACGGGCGCCUGUGUCACAGCCCCGCCAGAGAAGAAUGAUCCCAUAGUCAGACGAGUAAACAAGAUAUAGACCUUUAUAUCAGUUAAGCUAGUAGGAAAUAAGUAUUUAAGCUCAUAUGCGUGAUAGAGAAAAGUGAUUAUUGUUUAGGGAUUAAAUCCUAUUGAUGAAGAAAGCCACAUAUAAUUUCGCUCACAAAAUUAUUCAGACACACACAGACAAACAAUCAUGCAGCAUAUAAGCAAGAAAAAAACGAACAGAUCCAGUAAUCAGUAGUAUCCAUACUAACAUUCUAGAGAGUUAUCGCCCAUACCCCGCGAUUGGAACAAACAAAGCCGUUCUGAGGCAUGACCAGCAGCUGUUGCUUUCGAGAUUGUUGAGAGGUUUUAAAACGUUUGCAUAAACUCUGCACUCUUUCAGAAAACAAGCUGUAGAAAGGAGAGUUUUGGUCGAAAUUAAGUACUAUUAUCAUUACCACCAGCACGGUUAGAAGUAGAAAAAGGGAGGAAGCAUACCACGAAAUCAAAGCAUAUUCCCAGUUAGUAGUGGACUUAAGGCACAACAAGCUUUGGCAUAUACCCUGAAGCAGAGAAACGUUAAAGUGAAGGAAAGCAGUCAGAGAGAGAGAGGUCAUUUUUUCCGCCCUUAUAAGAAGCCUAAACAGUAAUAAUAACGAUAAUGAUUGAGACUAGUGACAAACGUUGAUGAGUUCGAGUUUUAGAAGAUGAGUAACCCUGGUAGCGGAUCUGCUGCGAACGGUCAAGCAAUGUUAACAUGUAUGUUCGCGAUCGUGGAAUAAAGUGGAUGAAAUUUGAACGAGAUAAAAUGGCUUCCGUCUGGCAUUUCGUUUUUUUUUCCACGACGUGGAUGGUUGGGCAUCAUGUUACCAACAUAACAGCUAAACAUUUUACGAAGAACAACAUAGCCCCCAAGAUGGUACCAUACACUUUUCGACACUCCAUUUGUUUCAAUUGGAAAUUUCGCAUCUUCAACACUCAUCUUUGAACAGGUGAAAAUCUGUAUCAAAAGUGUAAGAGCAAGUAUGAAGACACACCAACAUACACACAAGCAUACGGAAAGUGUCAGCUCAUAACUACGAAAUCUCGAGAAGCCUUCAAUGAAAGGCUUCAGACGAAGCACAUUCAAAUUGUGCAUCAUUCGAGCCUCCAAAUAAGACAAGUUGUUGUGAACGAGUUUAUAUGAAUGACGUAAUUACGAUACCGUAUGGAAGUCGUAGAAAAUCGACAAUCGGCAAGUUUGGUCUUGUUGAGGAUGAUGAUGUUACUAGCAGAUGACGUAGAAUCUUUGACAAACAAACGUCUUAGGUUCUUCAACUGCAGAGAGAACAACCAUGAGUUUACGUGAUCACGAGUUCAAUUCUCUUUUCCCUUUAUUUCGAUGUUGAAAGUCACUUUAAUACGGCAAAAAAUGGCCUGCUGCGUAUCCAAAAGUGCAUAGGAACAAACGGGAAGUUGUCUUAGCAUAAAAUAAGCAAAAAAAAGCUGCACAACUAAAUCGUCAAGCAAGUUUUCUCUCUUUCGUGAAAACAUCCUGGUACGCAAUGACCAAAAAGGCGAGAUUUUUCAAUGUCGAAGAAAGCAGUGAUGAUGACAAGGGAGAUGAACACGAUGGAAAGGACUCUUCGUGCAAGUAUCUAGUUGUAAGAUUUAAGAAGGAGAAAGCAAUUAGUGUAGGUUUAGCCAUGAUCAAUCACGAGUAUGUGAUUUGAGGUAUAAUUUAAAGCGAAGCGCCAAAUCUACAGCUUUAAUAGUAAGGAAGAAUAGUUAGGCAACAGGAUAAUUAAGAUAAACAUUCAAACGCUGAGUUUACUGCUCACAGGUAAGGUAAAGUUUGUCUUCGCUCUUUCAGUUAAGACUAACUUAUGUUGGUUGAAUGAAAAAACGUAGUUUACAGCGCUCAGUUUUGAUAACAGUUUGCAGACUAUUCA